AUGUUUCGGAAAAAAGCAUCUUCCUCCUUGAGAAUGAGAAGAAUAACAGAAAGUGCUAGAUGGAGUAUAGAUCGUGGGCGGAGCUUGUCCUUCCAUGAGGUGCGUAGUAAGUGUGAGGCAGAAAUGAGGGCCACAGCUGAGGAGUCGUCCAACAGCAGCAACAGUGUAGGAGGCAGCACCGUUCUGCAGCGCCUCCUGCAGGAGCAGAUGAACCGGAAUUAUGUGCUGCAACAGCAGCAGCAACAACAAGUAGCAGGAGGUGGUGGAGCAGGAGGGGGGGUUGGAGGAGGUUAUCCUGGACAAGGACAAGGAGGCCCCUCUGAUGAUCACUCCUUGACCCCCCAUGUCGCCCGACAGGAGCCUCAGGGACAGGAGCUGCAGACAGACAAUGGGCUGGAGAAGCUGGGGAUUGGAGGAGGAGGCAGCAGUGGAGGUGGUGGAAGCUGUCAAGGGCAGUGCGCGAACCCUGAGGAUCUCCCUACGUAUGAGGAAGCCAAAGUACAGUCACAGUACUUCCGAGGCCAUGGUCCUCCACCUCAGCCUCAGCAGCAGAACAACCAGCCCCAGCAGCCUCCUCUACCCACAUCUGUGGGCACUGCCUUCUACGUCACGGGGUUGACCAAUGCCAAGGUGCGUACUGAGGGUCGCCCCACAGUGCAGCGUGUUGUAAGUGGCGCAGGCAAGGUACACCAGGAUGAUGGACUGAAGGAUCUGAAGCAAGGUCACGUGCGGUCUCUCAGUGAACGACUCAUGCAGCUCUCCCUGGCCACCAGUGGCGUGAAGGCCCAUGCUCCUGUCACCAGCACCCCACUAUCCCCCCAGUUGCCCCCUCCAGGGCCACCGGGUGAGUACUACAAGUCACAUCGUGGCCCACCUCCAGAGUACCCCUUUAAAGGAAUGGGCUCACCUACCAAGCAACAUGAGCCUGGAGGCCAUUUUUACCAGGAGCAGAGAGGGAGGGAGCACUCAAGGGAGGUACCGCACGUCCGAUACCAGCCUCCACCUGAAUAUGGCUCAUUCAGGUCCAGUAAGGAGGGCUCAGUCCAUUCCCAGCGGCCCCUUCACCAGCAUAGUCCCACCUCCUCUGUCACCUCUGUAGGCUCCUUGUCCCGUGCUCAGUCCUCCACCCUCAGCAGCAUACUCAGCGCAUCCCACUCCUCCCAUCCCUCCUUUCCUCACCAGCAUCCCCACAGCCAGGGAGAUUCCUUCCCCAGUAUGGGGCCCCGCAGUCUACAGGGCCCUGGCUCCCACCAUCUAGGGGAGCCUUUCACCACAGAGACCAUUCACCAGACACCUCAGAGGGGUCAUGGUUUCUCUCAUGAUCCUUACGGCUCAACCCCAAGGAUGCACCAUCAGCAGCAGCACCACCAUCAGUAUCAGUAUCAGCAGCAGCAGCAGUUCCAAGGACCUGCACCUCCCCAAUCCCAGCCAACCAUCCUGGCAGGACAUUUCCCCCACCCGCAUUCCUUCUCCCACCUGCAGGGGGAGCCGUUCGCUAUGAUGGCACGCACCCACCAGAUGGUUGAGGUGUUGACAGAGGAGAACAGAAUGCUUAGGCAGGAGAUGGAGAUCUGUCGCGAGAAAGUCACCAAGUUGCACAAGUUGGAAACAGAGAUCCAGCUUGUGUCAGAAGCCUAUGAAAACCUUGCCAAGUCCUCCUCCAAGAGGGAGGCCCUGGAGAAAACCAUGAGGAACAAGCUGGAGCUGGAGGUGCGCCGGCUGCAUGACUUCAAUAGGGACCUCCGAGAGCGCAUGGAGUCAGCCAAUAAGCAACUUGCUGCUAAAGACUGUGACGGCUCAGAGGACAAUCGCAAGACCAUCUCCCAGCUGCUCGCACAGAACAAAGAGACACUGCGUGAGAAGGAGAAGCUGGACAUGGAGCUGAAUGCACUGCGCUCAACCACAGAAGACCAGAGGAGACACAUUGAGAUCAGAGACCAAGCACUCAACAACGCCCAAGCCAAAGUGGUAAAGCUGGAGGAGGAGCUGAAGAAAAAGCAGAUUUACGUAGAGAAGGUGGAGAGGAUGCAGCAGGCUCUGGCGCAGCUCCAGGCAGCAUGUGAGAAGAGAGAACAACUCGAGCAUAGACUCCGUACAAGACUGGAGAGAGAGCUGGAGUCACUACGCAUGCAGCAGCGCCAAGGAGCUUCUCAAAGCAGCAGUGCAGUCCCUUCAGAGUACAACGCCACAGCACUGAUGGAGCACUUAAGGGAGAAAGAGGAGCGCAUUCUGGCCCUGGAGGCUGACAUGACCAAAUGGGAGCAAAAGUAUUUGGAGGAGAGUGUGAUGAGGCAGUUCGCCCUGGAUGCUGCCGCCUCUGUUGCCACUCAGAGGGAUACAUCUGCAGCAGUGAUAAGCCACUCUCCCAGCAGCAGCUAUGACACCUCUGUGGAGGCUCGAAUCCAGAAGGAAGAAGAGGAGAUUCUCAUGGCUAACCGGCGCUGUUUAGACAUGGAGAGCAGGAUAAAGAAUCUCCAUGCCCAGAUCAUAGAGAAGGACGCCAUGAUCAAGGUGCUCCACCAGCGCUCCAGAAAGGAACCCAUCAAGUCAGAUGCACCACCUGCCAUGAGGCCCUCUAAGUCCCUGAUGUCCAUCUCCAACACUGGAUCUGGUAGUUCAGGACUGCUCUCUCACAGCCUGGGACUCAGUAGUUCACCCAUUACCGAAGAACGCAAGGACACGAGCUGGAAAGGCAGCCUGGGGGUUCUGCUGGGUCCAGAGUUUCGCACAGAGUCUCUCAGAACAGAGUCAAUCUCAUCAUCCCCCUCCCCGGUGCUUCCUUCCACCCCGAUGACAGCAGGGCACUCAAAGUCAGGCAGCAGAGAUAGCUGCACGCAGACUGAGAAGGGCCAGAGUCAGGACACCAGCAAGCCCAGUACCCCAGCCCUGCAGAGCAUGACGCUGCCUGCUCGUCUGUCCAGCCCCAGCCCCGUCUACAUCCCUGACCGCAUAGCAGACGUGCCAGUGUUUCACAGCAGCACCCUGGAGCGGAGGGUCCCAGCUCAGUCCCACCUACAGCCACAACUGCACCACCCAGCCCCACCCACCCAACAGGAAGUGGACAGUGACAUGGUGGAAAUCCUCAUCUGACUCCAUGACCUCGGG